AUGGAGAACAUGAUGCAGGGCAAUAAGAUCAGACGAGUUGCAGCUACUCGCAUGAAUGAGAGGUCAUCUCGAUCACACACGAUUUUCCGGAUUAUUCUGGAGUCGAAAGAUGCCAAUCAGAAAGAUGGACCUGUACAUAUAAGCUACCUUAACUUAAUGGACUUAGCUGGUUCUGAGAGAGUUUCUCUGACGAAAGCUGCUGGUGAGCGUCUUAAAGAGGGGGCUAACAUAAACAAAUCUUUGAAAUGUGAUAAGGCAACUAAGCGAGGGGAAGGAGUUUAUCAGUUAUCGCGAUUCGAAAUUGACUAG